AUGGGAGUUGGUGAACAACUCCCAGCUAACCUAGAGACCAAAGACCCAACCCUCGAGCGACUGGCCCUGAUGGAGGAGCAAAUGUUGAAGCUCUUAUCUAGAAAAAAGAUUGAUGAUUGUGACUUUGAUGAGGAGCUAGAACCUUUCGCCCCGAAUAUUGCAGCAGUUGCGUAUCCUAGUGGCUUCAGGAUGCCAAAAAUGUCAACAUUUGAUGGAAACACAGAUCCAUCUGACCACCUCAGGAUGUUUAAUACGUUGAUGAUGGCCCACAAUAGUCGCCAGAAGAGUUAUUCAGAUCAGAGACGCAGGAGCGUAGAAUUUCAGGUCGGUGAUCAUGUAUUCCUAAGGGUUUCACCCCUGAGAGGAGUAAAACGAUUCGGCGUUCGGGGCAAGCUGAGUCCCAGGUUUGUUGGCCCCUUUGAGGUUCUCGAACGAGUUGGGGAGGUGGCUUACAGGUUAGCAAUGCCUCCAGCUCUAUCAGGGGUUCAUGACGUGUUUCAUGUAUCCAUGCUCCGGAAGUAUGUAUCGGACACUACUCAUGUGUUGAGUUACGAGAACUUGGAGUCGGAUCGGGAUUUAUCAUACGAAGAAAAGCCUGUUCAGAUCCUUGAUAGAAAGGACAAAGUCUUGAGGAGCAAGACCAUCCCCUUGGUUAAAAUUUUGUGGAGGAAUAGCAAGGUUGAAGAGGCGACAUGGGAACUGGAGUCGGAUAUGCGGAAGCGGUAUCCUGAG